AUAGGCCAUUAAAUUGUUCAUCCCAGUUGGCCAAACUCUUUCUCUGCCGUUUGUCUGGCUAUAACUGAUCUAUCAGUCAAAAUGUUCAAGAUUCUGGUCUACGCAUUUCUGUUCACCAUAACAAGCUUUUGUAAGUUGAAUGAUUUUUUUUUUUAAAUUUUACUUUUAACAUUUAAAAAAAACUUUUUACUAGAAACAUCGUAUUUUAGUUGUGAACUAAUGAUCGUAUUGGAUAAAUCCGAUCAACGUUAGAGAGUGUACUGAAUUAUAUGUGGAUGAAAUGAUGAAAAGAUGAAAUAAUUGGGUAAGCGAAGGAUGAGUUCUAAAGAACUAUAACUUCAUCCUUUGUGACAUUCACGCAGACAAAUUUAUUUUAAAGGAACAGCCAAGGUUUAAUUGUUGACAUAAUUGUUAAAUUGACGAGUGCUUAAUCAAUACGAAACAAUUAACACGUCUUGUAGAAUUAGCUUCACAUCAUAAUUUCAGCCAAUGAACGUGAUUGAAACAGUCACUUUUUUUAAACAUUAGAAAUUCUUGUAUUAAUUAAAAGAUUGGAGUUAUAUGCACACACGGAGUCAUCCUUUCAAAAACUUCUUCGUUUUUUUUGUUGUUUUUUUUUUGUUUGUUUUUUUUUUAAAUUGAACCCAUCUUUUUUUCUAAAGUGACAUCCUACGUAGAAGGAUCAGCCCCGCUGGUCAUUGUCUGCACGCGGUACUGUCCACCCGAUCAAACCUUAGACGUGGUCAGAUGUCAGUGUUUGAGCCGUGGCCCCCCAAAUCCCCGUCGAGCUAUCUGCCCGCUCACAUCCUGUCCCAACGGCUGCUCCAGAGGCCUGGUCUUCACCACCGACCAGAGAGGGUGUCAGCGGUGUUCGUGUCGCACCCAGACUUUCUGCUCCCCUGUCCGGUGUAACAUGUUUUGUCCGAACGGCCUGGCCAAGGACAGGGACGGAUGUGACGUGUGCAGUUGCAGGGGCCCCGCCGUCAGACGACCCCAGAGGCCCGUUAAAGAUUGGAGGCCCAAAGGUUGCGGUCCAAGGUGUUUGAUCCACUGCCCCAAUGGAAACGUUCUGGACGGGCGUGGAUGUCCGACGUGCCGUUGUAAUCCAGGACCAUUGAUCUUAUCAUAAGUCGUACAAGUUCAAUGAGGACAUUUCUUUCAAUAUUCUUACAUAAUUUAUUUAUCUAUUAUCAAUUUUAUUUUUAAAAAUUG